CUUCUGACUUGACUCGGAUGAAGGCAGGAAGGAAAAAACCCAUGCUUUUUGCCUAGCUGCUUCAGAGUUGCCUGUCUGCGUACAGCAUACUCAGUACUCAUCUUUACAGUAACCAACAAACAAAUUAUAAGCUGCAAACCUGCAAAGCAUCUUGUCUAGAGAGAAAGAUACCCUCAUUUUGGAUGAAUGUUCCCACAGUCUGAGAGAUUGAUAUUUGUGAAAAAAGAUUUUACCAUUUUUUGUUUUCAUAAGAAGCAGAAAGGACUCAUAGAACAAACAUUUUGAAACUGAAGCUUACACAGCUUGACAGCCGUUGGGCUUUUUUAAUAAACGUCCUCAUGCAAACUGCAUUUUCCAUUUUAUAACUUUGUUAGAUACAGUGAGCUAAUAGUGAGAUAAUUUCUUCUUGUGAUGGCACUCUUGUCUCAAACUAGUCAACAGGGUUUUCAGGCUUUGCUAUGGAAAUGUCGUAUGUUCUGGCCCGUUUCAAGAUGCCAACAACUGUUUGCUGUCUCUUUCAGCAUCCCCAGCAGGGAAAAGGUUAGCUUUUUCAGUUUUAUGACGUCUUCCAGCACUGCGUUACCAGUGGAUCCCAAAGGUACUGACAUCUUUCCUACCAAGAAAAGGUCUGAAAUUGAUUAUGAAGAAGAAAAAGGAUGGGAUGAGGAGACUAAAGAAAUAUCUGAAGGAGAACUCCACUUUUCUUCUUCUGUUGGAGCUCCAAAGAAACGGUUAAUGAGUCAAGUUCUGUCAAGGCAUAAGUUUACCAAAGUACAGCCUCCAGAAAAACCUUUGCAGGCUGAGGAAUGGAACAGGCUGAGGGAAAGCUUUCGAUCACCUGAAAAAUUUGAAGAAGUGAUGUUUAACAGUAUGGUUAGGUGCAACAGCUCCAUUGAUGUGGCUAAGUCCUUGCUGACCCAUGUGGCAAAGAGUAACGGUGACAUUGCAUAUAAUUUGUUGGUCAAAUAUCUGGCAUUGUGCGUCCAGCAGGGGCAGACUUCAGAAAUUCGUGAUGUGUAUGAUAUAAUGAAAAUCAGAUUUAGGGUUUUAGAAAGCGGGGCUUACAACCUUCUUAUCAGGGGGCUGAGUAAUUCAGAUCAAUGGAGAAUGGCCUUGACUCUUUUGGAAGAAGUAAAAAAGAUUAUGAUUCCCUCACGGACAAACUAUGAAUCCUGUAUCAAAGCAGCCAGCCGUCACCAAGAAAUGAACCUUGCAUUUGAACUUUACCAUGAUAUGUUGGCUAAGGAUUUGGUCCCAACUUUGGAUGUCCUGCAGGCCUUUUUUGACUUCAGCAGGGGUAUGAAAGGUGCUGAGUUACAAAAAGAGCUGUUUGGUAUACUCUUAUAUUUGAGAGAGAACCAAAUAUAUCCUCACAAAACAUUUAUGCGGAGUAUAAAGCUAUGGUUCGAAAGUAUACCAGGAGCAAACUGGACAGGACACCUGACCAAAAUUAAAGACAGUGGACAGUGCCCAGUUUGCAACCAUCAGUUGGAGGAAAGUGACCUCACUGAAGAGGAGUAUAAUAAUCUCAGAGAAAGAAUAAUAAGGGACGUGAUACAUGGAACUGACACUUUUAGAAAGACAAGCCCACAGGAAUUUGAAGCCUUUCAAACAUUUGUGGAAAGUCGACUUCCGUUUGAUAUUGUUAUUGAUGGACUCAAUGUUUCCCACAUAAAACCCAGAAAGAUGCAGUGUGAAAAUCUAUUUGAUGCUGUCAACUGCCUGGCAAAAGAGAAUGUCCGGCUGCUUGUGCUGGGCCGCAAACACAUGCUGAUCAACUCUUCAAAUUGGAAAAGAGAGAUUAUGAAGGAGAUGCAGAAUAAGGCAGACUUCUUCUUUGCUGAAAAUAUCUCUGAAGAUGAUGCCUUCUUGUUAUAUGCCACUCUUCAAUCAGGCAAGCAUUGCAAGUUUGUUACUAGAGACUUCCUCCGGGAUCACAAGGCUUGUCUUUCCGACAGUCUGACACGUCAUCUGUUCCGUAAGUGGCAGCGUGGACACCAAAUAGUGUUUUCCCCUUCUGCAGAAGGAAAGCAUAUAAAUUUUUUGCCUGCUUUCCGUUACGACUGUGUGGUACAGACUACAGGUGAUACAUGGCAUAUCCCCUAUAAAGACGCUUUUGAGGAAAAAUAUUCAUAUCGAGUGCCAAGAAAAUGGCUCUGCAUUCAACAGAAAUGAUGAAGAAUGUAAUUGCAUAAGCUGAAGCUGCUUUUUUUUUUUAAUCACUGUUGCUGACUAGGAGAACUCAGCAGUACAGUUACUGGAUUAAUGUGUGAGGCCUGUAACCAAAGAAAAUUCACUAACUGCGUUUUGUCAAAAUCAUUCCUGCAGUAAAUCUGUUAACAUCAAUGGUGGUACAGCAGGGAUGAAUUAGGUCCACUAUUUCCAUCUUUACAGGCAAUUUCUGUAGCCUCUCAAUGUGAUUUGAAUUAAAACUUGUUUUUCC